UUUCAGUUGAAGAAGUUAUUGUUGGACUGACGUGCGUGGUGUGUGUGCGUGUGUGUGCCUAAAAUGGCUGAUUUAUUCUGUAAAGUAAGUUGUACAUAUUGUCAAGAUGAAAUUAACGGCUUAAGAGUGCAAUGCUGCGUUUGUCCUGAUUUUGAAACUUGCCUACAGUGUUUUUCGAGUGGCGCUGAAAUUGGAACGCACAGAAAUGAUCAUGCAUACAAAUUCGUGGACCACUGUGCAGUUAGUAUAUUUGGGGGUAGGGGCACCUGGACAGGGCGAGAAGAAUUGCAGUUAUUGGAUGCAAUGGAGCAUUAUGGAUUUGGUAAUUGGGAAUUUGUUAGCAGACAAAUUGAAACAAGAACUGCAGAAGAAGUUAAAGAUGAAUAUUUACGUCGAUUUUUGGAAGGAAAUAUUGGUAAGAUAACAUGGACAGAAGUGGCCAACAAUCGUCCUAUUCUUACAGAACAUACAGUUGAAGAUAAGGGUCCCUUGUCUCCAACAAUAAUGUCAAGGUUACCUCCCUUGGAUGCUAGUCCAGAAGAAGCAACACAGUUAGGGUACAUGUCACGUAGAGAUGAUUAUGAGAGGGAAUUUGAUAUGGAAUCUGAACAGUUAGUUUCAUCCUUGCAAUUGAAUACAUUUGAAGAUAGUGAUAUAGAAAUUGCACUUAAACUAGCUCAAGUAGACAUGUAUAUUAGAAGAUUAAGGGAGAGAGCUAGAAGGAAAAGAAUGGUUCGUGAUUAUCAAUUAGUUGCUAAGUUUUUUACAAACCAACGUAAAAAUUACAACAAAAGGCCUCUAACUAAAGAUCAAAGGGAGUUCAGGGACAGAAUGAGGGUUUUUAGUCAGUUUUUGACUUCUGGUGAACAUGAGAGACUCAUUCAAAGCAUAGAAAAGGAGCAGGAGUUAAGACAUCGAUUAUCAGAAUUAUUUAAGUAUCGAAGUCUAGGACUAACUACCCAAGAUGAAGCAAUUCAUUAUGAACAACAUGCUGAAUUCCAGAGGCAGCAAAAGGCUGGCAGCCGUGGCUACGAAAUGUCACUCCCGGAAAUUCAAUUAAAAAACGGAAGAAACGAGGACGUCCAAAAUUUCAUCGGAGAAAAAUCCAUGUGGCUUCAAGACGGCGCAUCCGAGAGCUUCAACUUCAACAACAACAACUUCGACGACAGCAUCACGAACAGUGCAGCUGAAAGCGUCAGCUUGUGUCCCGAAAAUCUAUUGUCACAGCAGGAAAUACAACUUUGCACAUCUCUAAAGUUGGAUCCCGUACAAUACGUUACUUUAAAGGGGCUCAUAAUUCAGGAUCAUUUCUCUCAGGGUAGAUUAAAGUUUAGUGAAACAGAGACUGGUCUUGAGCCUAGUGUAAAAGAGGCGGUGACGCAAUAUCUGAGCUCCAGCGGAUGGUUGCCCAGUUUAUCUGCCGCAUAAUUUUCUACUGCCGUUUUAUUAUAUUGCACGAAUAUUGCAUUCAGGUAUUGUUUUAAGUGUUCAUUUUUUUAACAAGUGCACAGGGACAUGUUCGUUUUUUUUUAGGUUUAAAUGUAAUAAUUGGAUUUAAACGAUUAGAAUAAGUUUUUAAUUCAAUUUUGAUUUUUUUAUGUAUUUAUAGAAAGGUUGCAUUUUCUUUUGGUGUUUUGCAAUCUGCAGUUUUCUUUUUGUUUUUUAGUACUUUUAUUUAUUGAAAGUAGUUCGCAGGAAACAAGUUGUGUGCAAAAGUUCAUUAUAGGAAUAUAUAUUUUUUUAUUAGAUUAAAAGUCUAAAUAGGUAUCUAAUAAAAAUAAUUUCUCUUUUUCUGUGAUAUAAGACUGGAUGGUUAGUGGCGUUGUACUUGAAACAGGACAAAAAUGUAUAUGAUAUGCUUUAAAGAGUAAUGAGAUUGUGAAUCCCAUGAAAUAGUCAGGCUUAUUGAACUUUUCAAGUAACAAAUAAUUUAAUUAAUGGAUAAAUUGAUAUGAUUUACUGUGUAACGUGUUUAAAACAUACAUAACAAUACAUGAAGAUUAUUUUUAAGAAUAAGUUGUAUGAUAUUAACCAGGUAAAGUACAAAUAAAUUAUGAAGUUAAAUAUUGA